AUGAAGGGCCACACGUGGACAUCAAAUAUAACCAGAAUACAGUUUAAACAAGAAGAAAAUCAAAAUCAAACAGGUACAUUAUGUAUUUCUACAUCAUCAGCAUUAUUAAAUUAUAUUGCGAUUGCACCACCUCUAUUUAUGGGCUUUUUACCACCAUUCACUUUAGGCCUAUUUGGUUAUUUAACGUAUAGAAAUUUUGGUCGGAAACAAAUAAAAAUUGAACCUUUAAGUAAUAAUUCCUCAUCAAAAGGCGUUGUAUCAAUCACAACAAUAGCAAUAACAACAUUAAGAUCAAUUGAUAAACAAUUAAUAUCAAUGUUAUUAAUACAAAUUAUUGUUUAUAUUCUCUGUACAGUACCAUUUUGUGCAUAUACUAUUUACUAUGUUGUAGUAGUUCAAAAUUAUACCCAAGCCACAGUUAUGCAGAUUGCUAUUACUGAUUUAUUUAACACAAUUGCUUCGCUAUUAUUUUAUGUUAAUUAUACAUUCAGCUUUUACAUUUAUAUGAUAUCAUCCAAACCAUAUAGAAAACAAUUUAAGAAUUUAUUUACUAUUAAAAAGCAUUAG